UGUUCGCUACGAAGUUCCCCCUCUGCUCCACCAUCGAGCCCUGACGGCGAUGUUUUGGUGAAAACAAAAUAGUGCCUCGAAAAGGAACGUAAACACGUCUAAAACAUGACAUGUCGGUGGAGUGGCACCUAGAGCGUCGCUGCGGAUAAAACGACGGUCGUCUUCGAAGAAGUUUUUUUUUUUUUUUUUUUUUUUUUGCGGUCAGUCCUUGUGUGUUCCUCCGCAUGUCCGCUUUCCUAGUAGAUGGUCUGCGGCGAGCGUUGUCUUACGGCGGACGACAAGCUGUUGACGAGUAACAUGAAGGAGAUGAUCGGCGGUUGCUGUGUGUGUUCGGACGAACGCGGCUGGGCGGAAAACCCGCUGGUUUACUGCGACGGCCACGGCUGCAACGUCGCUGUGCACCAAGCCUGCUACGGAAUUGUUCAGGUGCCGACUGGUCCGUGGUUCUGCAGAAAGUGUGAAUCCCAGGAGAGAGCGGCCCGUGUGAGAUGUGAGCUCUGUCCCCACAAAGAUGGAGCCCUCAAGAGGACGGACAACGGAGGCUGGGCCCACGUGGUUUGUGCCCUGUACAUCCCUGAAGUGGAGUUCGCCAACGUUUCCACCAUGGAGCCAAUAGUUCUACAGUCUGUCCCCCACGAACGCUACAACAAGACAUGUUACAUCUGCGAAGAGCAGGGCAGAGAGAGUAAAGCCGCCACCGGAGCCUGCAUGACCUGCAACAAGCACGGCUGCAGACAGGCCUUCCAUGUCACAUGUGCCCAGUUUGCAGGACUGUUAUGUGAAGAACAAGGCUCUGAUGCAGAUAACGUCAAGUAUUGUGGAUACUGCAAAUACCACCACAGCAAACUGAAACACAAGGAGCGAGACAGACACAAACCAAAACACAAGAAAGGCUCCAUGGACAUGUCGCCCUCUCUCGUUCUUCCAAACAUCAUGGUCGCCGAAAAGACCUAUAACAGCACUGCCUCUGGGGGAGGAGUAACCUCGCUGCCCGCGUCCUCUCAGAAGCGAUUGGACGACAACACAAGCCGCUUCACCAACGCCAACUUCCAGGAAGUGUCGUCCGCUCUCUCUGCGGGAGCCUCCAAAGAUGGCCUGGCCGCAGACACAGCCAAGGCGGCGGCCGAGGGCAAGAACAAGAAAAACAGCGGCGCCGCUCACACGGUCGGACAGAGAGGCGGCCGCAAGUCUCUCACCUCGUCAGGGAAACCGUUGCCCUCAGCGGUGGUCACCAUGGCUACCUCUUCCACAUCUGCCUCCGCUUCCACAGGGCCUUUCCAUCAAGGGCUGCUGUUGACCAGUUCCAGCAAGACUCCCGCUGCCCCUUCCUCCUCAGACUUCCUAAGUUUCACCGACCCGUCGCUGCGUCCCGGCAGUGGGACGUCGUUUUCCUCGCCGCCGUCUUUCAGCAGCUGCCUGGUCAAGUCGAGCUCUGAGGGCGGCGCGUCAGAGGGAACCACCCCUCUCUUUGGUUCUCUCAUGUCCGCGACUACGACUUCUGCAGCAGUCGGCGGAAAACUGUAUGAGAACUCCCACAGUCACGCAGCGAGCGAAACGACGAGCCUCGCCGGAUCGACGGGCUACAAACGCUCUCAGCCCACCGGCAGCGGCCUGGGGAUGGGCGCCGGCGUCGCAGUCGGUGGCGAAGAGGGCGUCAAGAAGAAGAAGAAGGGCAACUGGCGAAACCGAUUCGGACCCUGCUUCACGACGGACGCGAAACCCGCCGAGGCAGCGCCGUCUCUGACGCUCCCCACCUCUUCCUCUGCCGUCAGCGCCACCUCCUCCUCGUCCUCCACUGCCUCCACUGCCUCUUCAGUAUCCUCGACGCUCUCGGGCCGACCGGGCUUGGUUUCCAGCAGCGGAUUAGGAGUAGGAAUAGGAGGAGAAAGGGGGCUCGGGGUCAUGGGCGGCGGCAUUCAGAAAUCCCCGUCGCUCCUCAGGAACGGGGGUCUGCAAAGCAACAGCGGCUCCACAACCGCUGGCUCAGGUGUCUUCUCCACCGCCGACGGGUCAUCGUCAGGGACAGCAGCCGUCGCCAUGGGCGGGGCGAGCGCCGAGUUGUCACAGCAACAGCAGCCCACACCUUCCCUGGCGCCUCCCUCCCCAUUCACCGCCGUGGCUCCACUCAACAGCACAACCUCCACACACGCUCUGCCGGGCUCCGUCUUCAACCUGGCCCCCCCCCACAUGUUCGGCAACAGGCUGAACCCCAACUCCAGCAUGGCGGCUCUCAUCGCUCAGUCCGAGGCCUCACCAGCAGAUCAGGAGGUGGGAGACGGCAGCAGCGGAUCUCAGGGCUUCUCCAUAAGAGCUUCUCCUAAGACCACCCCGCGCUCUCCCAUUGGCGGCCUGCAGAUCCGCUAUGACUCCUCGGGGUCGUUGCCGGGGCCAGGGCUGGGGUUGCUAGGGGCCGGUGGCGUCGGCGGCGGGGAGACGCUGCCCCCGGUGGCCACCAGCAUCGAGCAGCUCCUGGAGAGGCAGUGGAACGAAGGGCAGAGCUUCCUGCUUCAGCAGGGAGCGCAAGGAGACGUGGUGGCCAUGUUGAAGUCUCUCCACCAGCUGCAGGAGGAGAACAGGAGACUGGAGGAGCAGAUUAAAACCCUGACCAUGAAGAAAGAGAGACUCCAGCUUCUCAGCGCACAGUUAUCAGUGCCUUUCACCCCGAGCACCGUUUCCGCGGGUGACGUGAAGGGGUCCCACCUCGGAGCCGCAGACUCUUCUUUACCAAUGACAGCUCAGGACACCGCGUCGUGUGGCGGUCACAGCAGCAGCGGCUCCACCUCCUCGCUCUCCGCCUCGCCCUCCGUCUCACAGAGCCCGCCUCAGCCGGCGCUGAACGGCAUGGCCGCCACGGCCUCGCUGGGCGGCGUCGCCGGGUUGAUGGGCGCUCUGGGCGCGGGAAACGCGCUGGGCAUCAGCGGGAUCGUUGGAGCACUGAACGGCGUGAUCCAGGCGCCGGCGGCGGGCCCCAGCAGCCCCCACACUACAGGAACAGCGGCAGGCGUCACGCUCCCCGUCAACAGCAGGUAUCCGACUUCCUGUUCUACGACGACCUCACCUGUGAAGACAUGAAAUCAUACAAAAACAAAUGUUUGUUUCUCUGAAAACGUUCAACAAGCGAGGAAGCUCUUUGUGUCUUCGGGGUAAAUUAUUGGGUGAGAAGUUCACAGCUUCCUCUUUUCUUCCCUUUUGCCUUCAUGCUGGAUUGAAGCAGCUCAACAGGUAGUAAGAGCAGGUGAGACAGGAACCUGCACAGCUGCAUCUCGAUGUGGUAGAAUGUUGUCAAGCAGCUCAUUCAUUUCACUUAUUAACCUGAAAACAUGAGCUCCUGCUAUAUAGAUUCAUUACACACAGAAUGUGGAUUUCAGAUAAUAGAACUCCAUAUGUUUAACAAACAAUAUCAACACAAUAAAAACAAAUAAAGAAAUCUUGUCAACUGAAAUGUCCGUGAAAUGUACAAUAUGUGCACUUGAUCAGGGCUCAUUUCCGACAUUUACUUCGCAUCGUGUCAGUAAAUGCAGUUAUUUCUGUAUUAUUGUGCGCCUGAUCCACCACACGUUUUCCUUCCACUUAAUUUUCCAUUAAAAGGCUUAGAUAUGCCACGCUAUGAGCAACAACCAGAUUCUUGUUUUCACUAGUUACAAGUCAGAAUCAUCCUAAUUAUCUGAAACGUGUGUCAAACAUCACACAUGUCCUCAGAGGGCCAGUUGUGGCUGAAAACUACCCAUAAACAUCAUCAUCAUUAUCAUAUUGAACGUCCUCUCACACUGAGGUAGUUUGGCACUAUAAGAUAGAACUGCUUUAAUUUGAUUAGUAAAACACAGAUCUGUUAUAUUGAUGGUUCUAUUUAUGAAAAUCUGCAACGGCUGAAUUUAGCCCCCUUGCCUCGAUUUUCACACAUCUGAUAGAAAAGGAAUAUUUGAAAGCAAUCUAAAAAUGAGUUGUUUAUUUUACCUUUUUAAAUUGAGUAAGUGAAAUAAAUAAACUUGUGAUGAUGUUCUCAUUUGAGAUGCACCUGUGCAGGAGCAGUCGUCAUUUUUGUUGCUCCCCGUGUUGUUGGUUUGUAGCAAAAGAAUCUGUUUAGUGUUUGUGUGUGUGUGUGUGUGUGUGUGUGUGUGUGUGUGUGUGUGUGUG